AUGUUCGUCAAAUCGACCUCUGUCGCUGUCUUUUUUCCAUUCUCCGCGCUUGCCUAUAGUGCAACAUGCUCGAACCACCACGCACCCAACCAUCUUCUACGUCACAUCUGCAGUGGGCCUCCAGACGUCUAUGUAGUCGAGCCCGUCAAUGGAAAAGGCUUGGGUGUCUUUGCCAUGCGCGAUCUUGACAUCGGUGACAUUAUCAUGCGCGAAUCGCCCGUCAUCAGGAUCAGUCGGUCCAAACUCACAAAGGGAGGCGAGAAUCCCAUGGCUGCUGUUGCAAAACUCGUCCACGACGAAUUCAAAACGCUUUCGACCAGCGCACAAGAGCAGGUCUUGGCACUGUCUUAUUAUGCCAACGGUACGGUGAACACGCAGUUAGAGACAGUGGGGACCAUAUUCCGCACGAAUGCGUACAAUACCGGCGACAAAUUCAGUCUGUUUCCUAGAAUCGCUCGCAUCAACCACUCGUGUCGACCAAACACAAGUUACUACUGGAGCGAGAAGCUCAAUAAGCACAUCGUCUUUGCCAGCCGGAAGAUCAAGGCUGGAGAAGAGUUCUCCGUCUCUUACAUUUCGCUUUUGCUUGCUCAAGAGGACCGACAGAAGCUGCUUGAUCAAUAUGGCUUCAAAUGCCAGUGCGAAGCAUGUGCUCAGAAACGCGCAGCCAGUGAGGCCAGCGAUAACCGUCGCGUCACUAUCAAAAACGCUUUUGAUAAAUUUGAUAGUCAGCUAUUCCAAGAUCCUCCAAAGACCAAGGCCGAAGUGGAAUAUGCCCGCAAGAGUGCUGAAGUGAGCGUUCAGCUUGCCCAGCUUGUACAAGCAGAGGGCCUUGCCGACUACUAUGCGAGAGCUUACCGGAUCGCCGCCCUCAGCUUUGCCAAAUUGGAGAACUGGCAAUCUGCCACGGAUUGGGCAAACCAGGCGUAUAAACUACGGCAUAUGGAGGAUCCAGAGUCACCGUAUACGAUAGAAAUGUACGAGCUGACGUCCAUGUACAUUUCGAAAUGGCAGACCCAGCUCACGGGCCGGUCCUGA